UUGAUCAACCACAGCCUUCAAGAUAUCUUCAGCGAUUGGUGCUCAUCUUCAUGUGUAAUUGAACCACCGCCUUUGUAUUGGAAGAACGGCAGUGGCACGAGACAGUGCAUCUGGUUUGACUCCGUCUCGACUAAAGAGAAGACACUUCUGACUACGAGAAUGGAUAUUGCGUCUUUUCCACGCGCUGACCUCAACUCCAGAUAGGAACAACCUUCGAGUCGACCCUGAAACAGCGGAAGACUCUAACGUACCUGACGAGCCUCCUGGCAGUUCACCUUGCCGGAGACAAGAGCCCAACAAGCAAACAGUCGGGGCCGGUGUAUAAACAGCGGUUAGGUAACUUCGCCUAACCUAUCUAAUUGUCGGCCGGAGACCUUGUGAAAGCAGCUUGCUUCUCCAGGAAACGCUCUCAACUAUCUUUCCUUCUUGGCUUGCCACCGAUGUAGUCGACGCCGUUGUUAGUUCGCUCCGUGGUGCGUGCAAGUGGUGCGAUUCACAUAUUUUAGGUAAAAGAUAUGAAAUUGACGUGUCAUUACGUCAUCGUCUGAGCAAAACUUCAGCAUGAAACCUUCACUUAUCAAGGAAAUUGGCGUUGGGUUCCGUUGUCUUUUAGCCGUUUAGUUCAUUCGCAGUUUCAUCUUUUAAAAAUUGACUGACGGCACGAGCAAACUUACGUGAGUUUACUUUAUCACCUGAACUCAACGGUUCAGCAAGAUUACUACUUUGUCUUCUCUCUCUUGUUGGCUAACUGAAUAGAUAUGUAUGUGUGUCACGCCACCUUCCAAGCUCCCGGAAAGUCUGCUGUACUGGACUGCCAACGAGUCACACCCUGAACACAACGGAGAACAAUGAUGACUGACUUCCCUGCACUACCAAGGAUAAGUGUGUCUGUGAACAGUGGGGCCUAUGGGAUGGAUGGUGGCGAGGACGAUCAAGCCCUGAGGACUACCUGACGUUUGUGGGAGAAACCCCUUCCUGAUAAGUACAAAUGGCGUUUGUCCAUCUGAGGAUGUGGAACACUCAUCAAAGCAAUGUGACCUGAAAUCGGUGACGUGGCCAACUCUAAGUGCUUGAUUUACGGUGGCCCACAUCAUUCACGACCUACUCAUCAAGUGGCUGUGCUACAGUUAUGACGGACCGUCCAGACAGCCGAACCCCAAAAAAGGCCUCUCAAGAAGAGCUUGAGAAACCGCCUGCGCAACAACCACCUUUAAAAGAGCCACAUCUCGAGCAGCCCACCCUCUUACAGCAAUGUCCUCAGCUGACCAGUACUCAGCAGAUGACUCUGCACGAAACAAGUCCUCAGCAAGCAUUCUUCCGCCAGUUCGUUCUCCAGCAGACGGCUCCUAAGCAGACAAGUCCCCAGCCUUCACCUCUUCAACACCCAGCUCUUCAGCCCUCAAUUCUUCGACAGUCCGGUGUUCAGCAACAGCCGAUCCAGCAACAGCAGCUGCUUCCAGCGAGUGGAGAACCGAGUCAGCGGCUGCCGUGUCCAGCGGCAAGAGUGUGUGGUGUGUGCGGUGACCGAGCGAAGAGCUAUCACUUCGGGGGCAUCUCGUGUGACAGUUGCAAGGCCUUUUUUCGUCGAUCGGUGCAGAAUGAAGCAAGAUUUACCUGCCCUUACCAGGGUCGCUGCCACAUCACGUUGACCUCCCGCAAGUCUUGCCAGGCGUGCCGUUUCGCCAAGUGCCUCUCGAUCGGCAUGGAAGCCAGCUGGGUGAUGAGCGAGCAAGAGCGCCGGGCGCGGAUGCAGCAAAGACAGGCUCCGCAAGCCGCCCGCACGGGCGACGGCACAAAGCCACUGACUUCCGAGGACGUGCUCCUGCUAGAAGAGCUGGUCAACGCACACACCACUGGAUGUGCCAUGGCGCCUUUCGCGGAGAGACUCUUCCACGACCAGGACCGGUCGAGGACAGAGCUGCUGGACCUCUUCUUCACCCUCAUCCACCAACUCAGCGGUUUUGCCCAGGAACUGGAUGCCUUCUGCAGAGUGCCAGAGCCUCACAGGCAGGUGCUUCUACGGACCUCGGUGCUUGAACUGUGUUUCCUCCGCAGUGCCUUCACUUUCGACGGCGACCGCUGGUCAUCGAGGACGUUACCGGGUGACGGUCCGCCUGUACCCGCCCUACGCACCGCUGACGUCGAGCGUUUGGUACAAGAGCCUCUGUGGUCAAAGCACCGGGAUUUCCUUGUGGCCACGCGUCGUUUGAAACCGGAUGGCAUGACGUUGCUCUUGCUGUCCGCCAUUACGCUGCUGUGUCCUGAUAGGGCUGGUCUAGAGGAUCUGGACAUCGUGUCGAAAGAACAAGAAAAGUACUGCGCUCUCUUGCGGCGGUAUUUGGAGUGGAGGAAAGUGCCGCAGCUGGUGUACGCCAAGCUUCUUAUGCGUCUGCCGGAGCUGAGAGAGCUGGCCGACGCGCACACGGACUCUGAUCUUACGCUGGACAACAAUGAGGCCUUGGCUGUGCAGGGUCGUCUCUCUGACGCCAUGGUUGCUGUCAGCAGCGGAGUCGGACGACCGGAGCAGAUGUCGAGGUGGCGGUUCCCCGGUGAUCUACUCAGUUCUGCGGAUGUAGAGGAAGAGUCUGCCGAAGAAUCCGCCGAGGAAUCCAGCGAAGGCUCAGACAUGUCCUGCGCUGCCACUUCGAUCAGCUCCCAAGACGAUCGCGGCUAA